GGAAAGUUACCGGGGGAACCUGCUCACUGACUUGUUGGGAUCAACUCCCGGCCGCGGAAGGAGCCAGUGUCCCAGCCUCGGAACAAGAUGCUGCAGACCUUUUAUGACUAUUUCUGGUGGCACAGGCUGUGGCUGCCCGUAAACCUAACCUGGGCCGACCUUGAGGAUAAGGAUGGGCGAGUUUAUGCCAAAGCGUCGGACCUCUAUGUCACCAUUCCCCUUGCCUUUGUAUUUCUCAUCGUGAGGUAUAUUUUUGAAAUUUCUGUAGCCGGUCCACUUGCAAAUGUCCUCGGUGUAAAAGAUAAAGUGAGGCUUCGGGCAGGACCCAACCCUGGGCUUGAGAAAUUCUACACCUGCUCAUCGAAGCACCCCAGGCAGAGUGAUCUGGAGAACCUCUCGAAGGCGAGCAGGCUUACGGUACGCCAGGUGGAGAGAUGGUUCCGGAGGAGGAGGAAUGAGGACAGGCCUAGUUUGCAGAAGAAGUUCCGGGAAGCAAGUUGGAGAUUCACCUUUUAUCUUAUUGCUUUCAUUGCUGGCAUUGCCGUCCUUAUAGACAAACCAUGGUUUCAUGAUCUCCAUGAGGUCUGGAAGGGGUUCCCCAAGCAGACAAUGCUACCGUCCCAGUACUGGUACUACAUGAUAGAGCUGGGCUUCUACUGGUCUCUUCUCUUCAGAGUGGCAUUUGAUGUCAAGCGCAAGGACUUUAAGGAGCAGAUUAUCCAUCACGUGGCCACCAUCGUCCUCAUCAGCUUCUCAUGGUGUGCCAACUACAUCCGGGUGGGCACCCUGGUCAUGGUGUUGCACGAUGCCUCAGACUACUUUCUGGAGUCGGCCAAGAUGUUUAACUACGCAGGAUGGAAGGAGACAUGCAAUGGUAUCUUCAUAGUCUUCGCUCUGGUGUUCAUAGUCACCCGAAUCAUUAUCUUCCCUUUCUGGAUCCUGUACUGCACUUGGUUCUACCCCCUGGAGGUCUAUCCAGCUUUCUUUGGCUAUUACUUCUUCAAUGUGAUGCUCUGGGUACUCCAAUGUUUGCACAUCUUCUGGGCUUACCUGAUUCUUGGAAUGGCCCACAAGUUUAUCACUGGAAAGCUUGAACAAGACGAGAGAAGUGACCGAGAUGAGACCGACAUCCCAGAUGAAGAGGAGGAAGAAGAACCUACCAAGAAUGGAACUCUUUCUAAUGGCCAUUCCAUGCAGAACAACAACCAUCAUAAAGCGGAUUGACCACCGAAUAGGAAAUAGCCUCUUCCUCCACAUUUAAAUUCCUGGAGAAACCAAUCAAGCAGGGGAAACACAUUGAAAGAAUCAACACUACUGUAAAUCAUGGCCAUGAUCUUGUGAAUAGAUGCCAAAUGACUUCCCACAGACUGGUUGUAUAUAUGUAACCUAAAACCUUCUACACCGAGCGUGAGAGGGGUCAAGCCAAGUGUUUCUAUGUGAGGACAGUUUUUAAAUACAUUGUGUAGUGAGUAGAUUGAUGGACUUUAGUGGCCUUUCCAUACAGAAACCUAAGAGUUAUUUUCAUAUUUUGAACCCUCUUCCAACUCUUAAUUGUGUUUGACUUUGCCCAUUCCUUUCCAGUGAUGACCCAUUGCUAGGUGUCUGGAUGUGAAACUUCACAAAGGAACUACCACGUUAGGGUCUGGUGACCUGGUGUCUUGACUCUCCUUCAACUUGCAGAAAAGAACUGUUAAGCUUUGACGUCCACCUCUUUGAAUAAGCUAAGUGAGUGGAUUGAGCGACGGUUCUUGGGCAUGGACACCCUAUCCUUGUGGCACCAUAGCCUUGAUCUCAGUGAUGGUUCUUGUGUAAGAACAGCCUCUCCUUGUGGGAACCAUAACCUUGACCUCAGCAGUUGUUCUUGAUAUGGGCACCCUAUCCUUAUGGAACCAUAACCUUGAUCUCGGUGAUGUUUCUUGGGUAUGGACACUCUCUCUCCAUGUGAGAACCAUAACCUUGAUCUCAGAGGUGGUUAUUGGGUUGGAACCUUCUUUUAUCUCAUCAAUGUUUCUUUGGUAUGGCCAACAACUCCUUGCGGAAUCAUAAUCUCCAUCACUGCGACAAUUCUUUGGUAUGGACACCAUCUCCUUAUGGAAUUAUAACCUUGAUCUCAGCUAUGGUUCCUUGGUAUGGACAACCUCUUCUUGUGGAAUCAUGACCUUGAUCUCCGACAUCUACCUGUAACACAACCUGCUACUGUUCUUUGAAAGCCAAAUGUUGCUGCUUCUAAAUCUAAGUUAUUGUUACGAUGCAUCUUCUGGUACCAUCCCCUAGGAACGGAUAUGGCACCUCCCAAAGAUAAAUAGACCGGCCUUUAGUAAUGCUCUAUGGAGAACACUUUAUAUUUCAGGGUCGGAUCACCUUUUUUAUGAAAACUGAUAGUUUGUAGGGCUUCUCUAGCUGUUAAAAACAAGCUGAAGAUCCUUUUAUUCCGAACUUAUUGCAUUUCAAACCCGUGCCGUACCUGCAGUGCAAGCAGCUGUUUGGGGGGGAUGUUCUACUCCUUGCUCAAUAUGCUCCAUUACGGCAACCGAUGUCCUUACAACUUUUUUUCCAAUAAAUUUUAAUUGCAAUAAAGUAUAAAAAAAUAUUGCCUAGAAAAGCAGCUUUGAAUAAGUUUCACAUUUGGGGGGAGGAAUAUUUUCUGGAAGAAGAGAGAAAACCUCUUGAAGGCAAUAUGGUUAAUCAUGGAGUUUCCAAAUGCCGAUCCAGCAUGUUCUGCUGUGGAAAUACAAGUCCCGCUCCUCCAGUAGAUCAGUGAAUGUAGACAUGCUGGCAGUUGGGAGUGGCAGAGGCUGGUUGAUGGCUUCAGACUGUGUGGCAGAGUUUUUCUUUCUUUGGUUGGUCUUUCAAGGAAGUUGUUGUAGACUUUGGGGACAGAGAUUCAAUACUGGUGCCUGGAAAAGUCAAUAUCCCUGUUGUCCAGCUUGCCAUGGUACUUACCUCCGUUAAAUACGACCUCCCAGUGCAGCACAGGAAACACAUAAUUAAUGAGCUCUUGUCUGCAGGAAGUAGGAUAAGUCCUCCAUAUGUGUCUUUUAGCCCCAGGUAUGAUGUGAAAGAGCUAUGGCCAUGGGGAUGCUGAAGAGCUGUAGUCCAUGUAGCGUUACCAUGUUUGGGCAGUCAUUAUGCUAAGGGAAUGGGGAUAUGAUGUUGCAGGGGCAGGGAUAGUCCCAUUUCAGUAAGUUGGCUGGGUUUGGGGCAUGGAGGGAGUGGGAACUGAGGCUAUUAGGGUGGUUUGUAGGUGGGCUGAGGGCCAAACUUAUCAGCAGCUUUAUUAAAUUUCAGUAAAUUUGUAAUAUGGGCCCCAGCCUUGCUAGGCCAGGUGGCAACCCUAUGUACAUCGCUGCAUGUUUUUGUUUGUAGGGGGAGUGGUUUAUGUUUCAUGGAGCAAAGUUCAUGCCAAGCCAGUAUGAUCGCUCACUUUUCAUACAACUUGUAUACAGGAGAAAGCUGUGCCCUUGCACGUCAGCAUCUAUAUUAAAAUCACUGGGAUAUAGAAUUCUGAAUUGUACAGCAUAAAGCUGCACCCUGGCCAAUGGCAGAUUAAGUAAGAAUUGACCCCGUAAUCUGCACUUGCUGUUAAAUCUCUCCUGCCAUUGGAGCAGAUCAGGGGAGAGGGAUGCCAUAAUGCUGGGCCACUAGUGUUUAAUGACUGGCCAGUUAGGGGGAAGACACACAGAGCUACUAGUAGCAGCUACUUGUCACAGCUACAGAAAUAGACAAUGCUGAUCAUUUACUGAUAAUUGUCCCUACGUGUGUUUUAGCAGAGGCAAUUCUCAGUAUUGUCUAUGGCAGUGGAUUUUCUGGAAUUUAGUAGCCGUGACAAGUAGCUGCUACUAAGUAGCUCUGUGUGUCUUCACCCUUACAGCUACAGUAUUUAGAAAAGAAACAAACUGCUCGUAACUUCUCUUCAUAGAAAGAUAAGGUUUUUCCAACCUUUGGUUAUUGUCCUUGUAUUGUGGGUUGGGGACUGAGAGCUGGGGGUCAGUGCAGCUCCCUUGCUGUGAUUGGCUGUGGAAUUAUUAGACACCGUUCAUAUCAUUUAUUUCUGACUGUGGCAAUUAGCUACUCACUGUGCGCCGCGCCUAUGUACGUAGGAAUGGGAAUAAGCUGAGCCAAUGUUAUGAGCGCGCUGUGAGCCAUCAAGCCAUACUGUACCGUUACCUCCAGGCAAAAUGCAGAAAUGAAUUUGAAUUUAAUGGGGGCAUUUUUUUUUGUCGAAGAGCAACUUCUAUUUUAAUGUUAGUGUGCCUUUAAGGUUGUUGUUGUUUUUUUUGGGGGGGGGGGGGGGCGGGGGAAUCAUUUUAACGUGCAAUGUCUUAGUGGGUUUGUACUGAAAUUCACCAACAGUUACUGGAUGUAGCCAAAUAAACAUAUAUAUUUGA